AUGUACUACAUGCUCUACCUGGCCAGUAAGUCCGAGACAACAGCAGCACCCUCCAUGCCCUCCCCAACCAUUAUCACCACCCCCAGCAUUUCGCCGCACGGUGACUGGUCCAAUUGGUCGCAAUUGCAAAAAGAGCCUCAAAGCCUUUGCCGGCGUCGCCGCUGGCCAGAACCUACCUAUGAAGCAUACGCCACACCAGCCGGGUACACAUGCGUAGUGCGCGUGCACAAUCGCGAGUAUCAGACAGAUAGCGAGUGUGCGUCGGCGGUGCUGGCGCGCGAGAGCGCCGCAAUGCGUGCGUACUUGAUCUGCCGCAACUUCUCGGUCAACGACGGGAUGUACCCGGCGGGUCAUGAUCACGGCGGCGUGGUGCAGGGCAUGCCCGUGGCGAUUGGCACGGGGCGCAAGGCCAGUCGCGAUGACGACACGGACGCGUCUGUGAGUAGUAGCGGCGGGUCAUGGAGCGGCGGGAGUAGUCCAGAGCGGAGGGUGCAGCUGGAGGAUGGGGAGGAGGGGGGUGAGGUCAUGGGAGUAGGGGCACUGGCGUAUUCGCGGCGAGAGGGGUGA